AUAUAAUGAAGACUUAGGUGCGUAAUAGAAGUAUGCCCAAGGUCUAUAUACUGACUAUAACGUAUGCAACUUGUUCGUACAACCCUUCGGCAAGCCAACUGGGUCUCAACUGAACAGUUUUGUCAGGGACAAGCAUCGAAUCCCUUUGCCCACAGCUGCUGCCAUCCGUCAGCCCCAUCAACCAUCAAAACACGAUGCCAAACUCCAGUAGCCAACCCCCCUUCCCUUUCCAAGAAACAACAAUGUGGUAUUGGUAUAGCAAGGAAAAUGUGGUCG